AAAAAAGAAAUCGAAGUCCUACAGAAUAGUGUUGACUCUGAAAUUUAACUAAUUAAUUAAAACAAAAAAAUAUAUAGCGCCACGAUUAGUCGAACUGAAAACCCGUUUCGACCCUUUAUUAAUCUUAAUGAUCAAAAGGGAAAAAUCGAUGGAUAAAUAACGCCAGGGAAUCCAAGACUUUUGUGAGCGAAAUCAAAACAGAAACAUUAUAACGAAUGAGCCAGUACUGCUUGUGAUGACAGAUGGAAACUUCAGUUGCUUUUCGGCCACUGAUUUCAUCAGACAUUCCCAAGAGCCACUCAUUUCCUUUUCUAUUUUAUCGAUUAUGCUUAUUCUAACGAUCGCCCCUGGCGCAAUACUAAACGGUCUAAUCCUCGCCACCAUCCUCCGCGCCGAGACAUUACAAACUCCGUCAAACAUUUUCCUUUGCAAUCUCGCCAUUUCUGACUUGACCGUUUGCUUGGUGGCACAACCACUAGCGUUAGCGUGGAAAUGGAGCGAAAGAGGCCAAGCAAGCUACGCAAUCAUGUGUCCAUUAACUUUGGCAACCUGGCUGAUUUCAUCUCAAUUUUCUGGCGUCUCCUUGAUGACCGUUACCGCGGCUAGUAUCGAUAGAUAUCUAGCAUUAUAUCUACACUUGAUGUACACGUCAUCCGUUACGUCGAAGAGGGUCGCGAUGGUCUGCGCUUUUGCUUGGUUCGCGUCAACCUUAAAUGCAUUUUCCUCGUUUGCCGGGCUCACAACGUUCAAUGCGCUCUGUUCUGUUUUUCUCCCGCUUUGCGUGGUGACCAUUGCUUUCACGUAUUUUAAGAUUUUUAAAGUCUUAAGACGCCACCAAGCUCAAAUCGCUUCCCAAUCCAUGCCUACAUCCAUUACGGGGCAAGUCAGCCUACCAAAUCUAACUCGCUACAGAAAGUCCGUCGCAGGUUUAACAACAGUUCUUAUUUUGCUCGUUAUUUGCUAUCUCCCGUUCAUUUUGUUCAUGAUCGUAUCAGCAGUUCUAGGAUCUGCGACACCCAUCAUUUCCUGGUGGUAUGCUGUUUGUUGUCUUGUUUAUCUGAACUCUACGCUAAAUCCAAUAUUUCUUUGCUGGAGGCUAAGUGAGAUGCGAAAUGCUGUUAAAGCGACUGCAGCUAUGAUAUUUUCGAAGGUCAAUAGCAUUUGUCAAUAAAUCGUGGUAGUUUUUUUGCGCUUGUAAAAUGUACAUGGCUAGAAAAUAUGAAUGAUAUGAUUGAAGCCUCACUGAGUAUCAGGCAAUAGAAACCUCACUAGUAUCAGGCAAUAGAAACCUCACUGAGUAUCAGGCAAUAGAAACCUCACUGAGUAUCAGGCAAUAGAAACCUCACUGAGUAUCAGGCAAUAGAAACCUCACUGAGUAUCAGGCAAUAGAAACCUCACUGAGUAUCAGGCAAUAGAAACCUCACUGAGUAUCAGGCAAUAGAAACCUCACUGAGUAUCAGGCAAUAGAAACCUCACUGAGUAUCAGGCAAUAGAAACCUCACUGAGUAUCAGGCAAUAGAAACCUCACUGAGUAUCAGGCAAUAGAAACCUCACUGAGUAUCAGGCAAUAGAAACCUCACUGAGUAUCAGGUUGUCUAGGGGGACUAGGUAGAGAAAUAACGCCUAUUACACGAACGUGUGAUUGAUAUGACAAAUUACUGGAAGAAAUUCUAAUUGGAUACUUAUUUUGGAGCCGCGUCUCCAAGGGGCAGAAGGGUGAAACGUCAUUUUGUUUCAGGCUUGUUUUCCCUUACUCCUUGUCCCAUCUCCCUAAAACGUAUGAUGAUACUCAGGGUAUCGCGGGUGCUUAGCCAUAUCUAUAUCAGUGCAACUGCCAUUCUCGAGGAUCCAGCGGAGCCAAAGAAUUUCGCGGAUUCCUAAAAACAAAGGCCCAUCGUAUGUGUGAACAUUAUAAAAACAGACACUUAAAGAGAGACAGUCAGCCAGUUUACCAUCCUGGCAAAAUAAGUGUGGCUAACGGGUUCUUUACAUUUGAAAACCUGUACAUCUUUACCAGAACUUUAUUAGAAAAUAAUACUAAAUAUCCACAUGA